CAAUCUCACCAGCAGCCAACUAUAGCUCACAUUGGUCGACUAGGUAGUGGGUGGCUAGCGCUCUCCCGAUCGACUGAUCAAUGGCGUCGUUGUCCAUGAGCACGGCCGGGAGGGCGGGGUGGACGCCAAAACAGAACAAGCUAUUCGAGCAAGCGCUGGCAGUGCACGACAGGGACACGCCUGACCGCUGGCACAACGUUGCCCGCGCCGUUGGCAGCGGCAAGUCAGCUGAUGACGUCAAGCGCUACUAUGAGCUGCUCGUCCACGACAUCACCAACAUCGAGGCCGGCAAGGUGCCCUUCCCCGCCUACCGCCCCCCUUGCCCCGGCCCCAACGUUGGCUACGAGGCUGACAGGCUGAAGCACCUGAAGAUCUAGUGAGAUAGAUGGUAUGUACAUGGAUAUGAAGCAUGUGCGUGCUCGCCAGCAAGGAUGGGGAUAUCCUAUGAUAUGAUAUGCAUGCAAGUCAUGGCGUGAUGAAACUGUAUAUGAAAGGCUGCUAGCUGGAAGAAAGAGUUGACCGAUACAUGUUCAUAUGUAUACGUAUAAAUAUUUGGCAAUAGUAGCUAGUACAGUACAGAUUACAAGUUAAAUAGGACGGUCUAUCUCCUUCUCCUGUGUGUAAAUCGCAAUAUUCCUUAUGUAACUGUACAUUAUAUCGUCUGCAACAAAAAUACAGUACGCCCUCCAUUCAAAA